UGUGUUUAGCCGCGUCUGAAACAAAAAAUCAAUAAAUCAAAUUAAUUCUAAUUUCCACCAAUUCCAAUUUAUUGGCAGAUGCACGGGAGGAUGGAAUUUCUUUUUCCCUGAUUUACUAAAUUACCAGUCAUAUUAUUGAAAUACAUAAACAUACAUAAAAUCAAGUGCCAAAAAUGGAAGUAAAACAAGAAGUUAAGGAGGAAGGGUGUAAUGUAGAAGUAGAGAAUAAUGGCUGGGAUGCUCUUUUGGAUGGCUUUAAAUGUGAAAUUAAAGAUGAAUGCACUAGGCAAAGUACAUAUGACACAUAUUAUGAUUCUUUAGACUUAAAGGAAUAUCCUGUAAAUACUGAAACUGAACAACAUGGGAAUACAUUUGACUCAUUUGAAAAAAACCCAAAAAUUGAAGAAGAUUAUCUCCAAGACAACAAAAUUGAAAUUAUGGGGGCACAAACUGAACAUUUAUCUCAGAAAGGAAAUUAUAUGAAUCCACAUGCUGAAGGACCAACAUUAGACAAAAACGUGAAAGUUAUGACUGGAAAAAGACCUUACAAGUGUGAUAUUUGUUUUAAGCAGUUUACUUCACCAAGUUCUUUGAAAAUACAUUUGAGAGUGCACUCUGGGGAAAAACCUUACACGUGUGACAUUUGUUUAAAGCAGUUCGCUCAAAAAUGUAAUUUCAUAACACAUUUGAGUGUGCACACUGGGGAAAAACCGUACAAGUGUGAAAUAUGUUUUAAACAGUUUACUUCAAAAAGUAAUUUGAAAAAACAUUUGAGAGUGCACACUGAGGAAAAACCUUAUAAGUGUGAAAUUUGUUUUAAGCAAUUUACUCAAGUAAGUCAUUUGAACACACAUUUGAGAGGCCACACUGGGGAAAAGCCUCACAAAUGUGAAAUAUGUCUUAAGCAGUUUAAUACAAAAAGUGAUUUGAAAAAACAUUUGAGAGUGCACACUGGGGAAAAACCUCAUAAGUGUGAAAUUUGUUUUAAGCAGUUUACUGCAGCAAGUUCUGUGAAAAAACAUUUGAGAAUAUUUCACACUUGUGAGGAAAAACCUCACAAGUGUGAAAUAUGUUUUAAGCAGUUCACUACAGAAAGUUCUUGGACAAAACAUUUGAGAGUGCACACUGGAGAAAAACCUCACAAGGAUGAAAUAGGUUUUAAGCAGUUGCCUCGAACAGAUAUUUUGAAAAAUCAUUUGAGAGUGCAUACUGGAGAAAUGCCUUACAUGUGUAAAAUUUGUUUCAAGCGAUUUAGUCAAACAAGUAUUUUGAAAACACAUUUGAGAGUGCACACUGGGGAAAAACCUCACAAGUGUGAAAUAUGUUUUAAGCAGUUUCUUCGAGCAGAUGUUUUGAAAAAUCAUUUGAGAGUGCACACUAAGGAAAAACCUCAUAAGUGUGAAAUUUGUUUUAAGCAGUUUAGUGCGGCAAUUUCUUUGAAAAUACAUUUAAGAGUGCACACUGGAGAGAAACCUCACAAGUGUGAAAUAUGUUUGAAGCAGUUUUUUCGAGCAGAUGUUUUGAAAAAUCAUUUGAGAGUGCACACUGGAGAAACGCCUUACAAGUGUGAAAUUUGUUUCAAGCGAUUUAAUCAAAAAAGUACUUUGAAAACACAUUUGAGAGUGCACUCUGGAGAAAAACCUCACGAAUGUGAAAUUUGUUUGAAGCAGUUUACUACAGUAAGUCAUUUGAAAAUACAUUUGAGAGUGCACACUGGAGAAAAACCUUACAAGUGUAAAAUUUGUUUUCAACACUUUACUACAGCAACUCAACUGAAAACACAUUUUCACACAGUGCACAUUGAAGAAAAACCUCAUAAGUGUGAAAUUUGUCUUAAGCAGUUUAGUAAAGCGUAUAAUUUAGAAAUACAUUCUAGAGUACACACUGGGGUAAAACCUCACAAGUGUGAAAUAUGUUUUAAGAAGUUUAUUUCAACAAGUGAUUUGAAAAAACAUUUCAGAGUACAUACUAGAGAAAAACCAUAUAAGUGUGAAAUCUGUUUUAAGCUGUUUUCUUAUACUCUUACUUUGAAACGGCAUUUGAAAGUACACGCAAGAAAAGAUCUUAAUGUGUAAAAUUUCCUUAAUAGGUUUUCUCUCAGAGAUGAAAAUACUUCGACGAAUAUCAGGGAAAAGUCUGUUGGAUAGGGAGAGAAGCGAAAACAUAAGAGAAGAGCAUGCAAUGUAGAAGACAUAAAUGGAUGGGUGACAAAACGGAAACAGGAGUGGAACGAACACAUCAGUAGAAUGGCAUAGGAUAGGAUAGUACGAAUAUCACGAGAUAUAUAUAUAUAUAUAUAUAUAUAUAUAUAUAUAUAUAUAUAUAUAUAUAUAUACACCGUUUUUUAGGCGUCAACGCCCUUCCGGUAGGGAUCUAUGGAGGAGUGUCACCGAGCCGCAAGCCCUUAUCUCUUGCCGUACUGCUCCUCCAUAGGCCGAUCAGACACCAGCUUAUUCCAGACCAAGUCGUAGAUUCUUUUUAGAAUUUUAGACUACGACGUCAGCCUUUUUAUUUUCUAUUCACCGGCUGGGGCACGAACCUCGAUCGCCUCGACCGCAUAUCCACUAUAGAUUUGUCAAUCGUGCGCCUCAGUCCGCUUGGCUAAUCUGAUCGACGAGAUAAGUCACCAAAUAGACGAAGAAGUAUUGGCAGACCAAGAAAAAGAUUGUGCGAUAAUUUAAACAAUUUAGGAGGCUAAUAUUGAAGAUGAAACAGGCUUUGAAGCCUGCGUAUAAGAAGGAAGAAGAGGGUUUUCUCUCAAAUUGAAUUUAACUCUCCAAAGACUGACCUUAUGAUUAAAUUUUUAGGUUGCAUGCUUUUUCUAAAUGAAAAACAACUUACAGUAGUUGUCCACCUAUACAAAGAGAAUCCACCUAUACACCAAUAAAAGGAGAAUAACCUUUGUUGUUAUUCGCUCACUGUUAACCACGAUUUUUUACCAAACCACGUAUUACAGAAUGUUCUCUUUCUCUUACCAUCUGGUUGAGAAACCAUUAGAGAGUGCACACUCGAGAAAUGGCUUACAAGUGUGAAAUUUGUUUCAAGCGAUUUAAUCAAAAACGUACUUUGAAAACACAUUUGAAAACGACAUGAGAAAAACGUCACGAAUGUGAAAUUUGUUUUAAACGCUUUACUACAGCAACUCAAUUGAAAACACAUUUUUACACAGUGCACAUUGAAAAAAAAACCUCAUAAGUGUGAAAUUUGUUUUAAACAGUUUAGUAAAGCGUAUAAUUUAGAAAUACAGUCUAGAGUGCACACUUUGGUAAAACCACACAAAUGUGAAAUAUGUUUUAAGAAGUUUAUUUCAACAAGCUCUACCACAGGCUCUAGGUCAAAACUAUUCCUGCGACAAUAUAGUUAAUUAUCUAAAAUCCAUAAACAUUCUGUACAACCUGUAGUUGUUUACUUUUGUUAUUUAUAUUUUGUUCCGUCGCUAAUAACCUUUUGGUGGAUGCGACUUCUUUUUCUAAUAAAAAAAAAAUUUUUCUCUCAAAUUGAAUUUAACUCUCUAAAGACUGACCUUAUGAUGAAAUUUUUAGGUUGCAUGCUUUUUCUAAAUGAAAGACAACGUACAGUUGUCCGCAACUCUUGAUCGCGAAACAAUAAACAAUAAAAACAGAAUAACCUUUGUUUUUCUUCACUCACUGUCAACCACGAUUUUUUACCAAACCACGUAUUAUAUGUUCCCUUUCUCUUACCAUCUAGUUGUGUAAAUGUUGAUGCGCAUAUAGUAUAAAUCAUUUGGUUGAUGCGCACUUAAUCGUUUAAUUUCAUUCUUUUCCUCUAUCAUUAACGUAUUAAAAGGACUUUGUAACAAAUAGUCUACCUUGUUCAUUUUAAAUUAUGGUUGUCACACCGAAACAGCAUAUUAACUACACAGACUGGCCCCGUAAACAGUUUAAAGUUUAAAGCCUGAUUUAUGUUAUAACGGGAACCUGGACGGGACGAAGCACCUUGAAGGAUCGUCAGAUAUGAAAAACAUUGGCUAAUUUAUCUUACGACGGAACGGGGCGGGACCGGAAAGUGCCGAGGACGUGCGAUUUCUAUUUUUCUGCGCUCCGUGCCGUCCACGUCCCGGUGUAACAUAAUCAGCCUUAACUGCCUGUCUGAUUAUUGCUGACAGCGGAAAAACAUAAGCAAUGCGAUACAGCCGAUAAGUGAUUACAACGACGUUGUCAAGAAAAUACUGUUAGGCGGGUUGACUCCUCGCACUUCUUUUAUUAAUAAAAGGUCAUCAGCGCUUGUAAAACGCAGCCUUUUCGCUUUUUUUAGUAUAUCCGUGUUCACAGUUGAUAUUGAUAAAAAUAUAAUUUUUUUUAACAUCCAAUGUUUAUUGCCAUCUGUCUCAUUACAAGCAAUAUAUAUAUAAUUAUUGAAAAAUAACAUAGAGGGAAGCCGCCCAGUGGCGAGCACCCAGUAAGACACAUAAGAUUAUAAUUUUAAAAUAAGACAUAACAAUUACUUGGAACAUAAUACAAAGAUAAAAUUUAGUAUAGUGGACAAUUCAGACAAUAAAUAUGAUUAUUAAAAGUCUAAAAAACAUGAAUAAAAAUACGAAAAAAAGUUUUAAAAUCACUGAAACUAAAACUGAUUAUUUCACCGUACUAUGACACUGCACUCUGUUUCUCCAGAUGUACUAGAGGUCCAAACCCAGAUAACAUGUAAACUUGUGGCAAGUUUGAUUCUUCUUUGAUUUUAAAUUACUGCGUCAAAUAUGACGAGUCAAGUUUGCUGCAAUAUUGUUAUGACAAAGAUGAUGAUUCACGUUUGUAGCAACUUUGCUGCAAGCGUACAGUUGCAAAGCCACGUCACGCGUGCCAUCUAUUUGGUUGACUUACACGUUACGGUCGGUUCGGUUCGGUUUCGUUCGUUACCCUGACUGAUGUCACGCCCACGAAAACGAGAGUGUUGCCACCGGUGGUAAAUUUCCCUCUCUGCGAGAAUUUUCAACAUAAAAGGGAAUAAGUUAACUUAUAAGGUAAUCUUUGCUCCAGUCCAAAUUGUAAAAUAUUUAUAAAAAUCAAUAUAUCUGAAAAUAAUUCAACAUAUUUUCACAGAUUUUUUAAAUAGGAGCAUAGGAGGGAAUUUUAUCAUAAAAGUGGGAAUUUUUAAGGUACGUUGAGGAAAAAGCUUACUCACUCGACAGCUGGCAACAAGGGAAAAGUAACCUGCCAUCCUGCCAAGCGGUGAUAAUUUGUGGUUAGGUAUGUCCUAUCCUAUGUUGAUAUUUUUCUUUGAUUUUUAUACAACAUUUACCGUACAAUUCUCUGAGACUAUUACUUUAAUUACUAAGCUGAAGCUUGUUUUCUUCAGUUUUUCAUAGACCCACCUGCUUGUGGUCAUUAGGUACAAAUUGGUAUUCUUUUUGCUUUAGUGAAAUUGAGGUAAGUUUUUUUAUGUUUUUCGUAGCUUCUAACUGUAUUUACAUACAUUCUAUCUAAAAUAAACAUAUUAUAAUAUAUUAUUUAUAGUAUAACUAUAUACUUAUACAGGGUGUCCCGAAAAGAUUGGUCAUAAAUUAUACCACACAUUC